CAGGGAGGUGCAAAUAUUUCUACAUUUCCAAAAGCACUUGUUGCUCCACAGACCGCCACAGAUCCUGACUGAAGACAGAUCUUAACUCUUUUCUCUCUCAGGAUUUCAGGUGUACCAAUGGAACCUCUCUCAGUGUCAACCAACAGAUUCACUCUGGACCUUUACAAAAAGCUGAAUGAAACUUCCAAAGGCCAAAACAUUUUCUUUUCUCCUUGGAGUAUUGCAACUGCUCUUUCCAUGGUCUACCUGGGCGCAAAAGGUGACACUGCAACCCAGAUGGCUGAGGUUCUUCAUUUUAACCAGACUGCAAGAGAAGAAGGUUCAUCUGAGACAAGGCCUUCUUCAGCAAGACCAAAGAAAAGAAAGAUGGAUCCUGAGCAUGAGGGAGCAGAAAACAUCCACUCUGGCUUCAAAAAGCUCCUGUCUGACAUCAACAAACGCAGAAACACUUUCUUGCUGAAGAGUGCCAACCGACUGUAUGAGGAAAAGACCUAUCGAUUAUUGCCUGAGUUCUUACAACUCAUUACAAGCUAUUACAAUGCAAAGCCCCAAGCUGUAAACUUUAAGAGAGCUGCAGAACAAGUCAGAGCCCAAAUCAAUUCAUGGGUAGAAAAUCAAACUGAGAGGAAAAUACAGAGUCUGCUGCCUGCGGGGUCUCUCCAUUCUCGCACUGUGAUGGUCUUAGUAAAUGCCAUUUAUUUCAAAGGAACAUGGGAAAAGAAAUUUCUGGAGAAAAAUACUUCUGAGAUGCCCUUCAGAAUAAGCAAGACCAAGACUAAACCAGUACAGAUGAUGUUUUUGAAAGAUAAAUUUUUCAUACUCCAUGAAGCCACCAUGAAAUUCAGAAUCAUUGAGCUGCCAUAUGUGGAAAAUGAACUCAGCAUGUUCGUUCUCCUACCCGAUGACAUCAGUGAUAACACUACUGGCCUGGAGAUGGUGGAAAGAGAGCUGACGUAUGAGAAAUUGGCUGAAUGGACCAAAUCAUCCAAUAUGAUGAAAGCUGACGUGGAUCUGUACCUGCCCAAGCUGAAGGUGGAAGAGAAUUACGACCUUAAAUCCCCUCUGAGCAGCAUGGGGAUACAAAAUGCUUUUGACCCACGCCAGGCUGAUUUCACAGGGAUGUCAGUGAAGAAGGAUCUUUUCAUCUCACAAGUUAUUCACAAAGCUUUUGUGGAAGUCAAUGAAGAAGGUACCGAGGCAGCAGCUGCCACAGGUGUCUUGAUGAUGAGAUCAAGAGUCCCAACAAUGACUUUCAAAGCUGACCACCCUUUUCUUUUCUUCAUCAGACACAACAAAUCACAAACCAUUCUCUUCUUUGGCAGAUUUUGCUCACCCAGUAUUUCUUCUGCUUUGUCUAUGGUUUUGCUGGGUUCAAAAGGUAGCACAGAAGCCCAGAUAAGCAAGGUGCUUUCUCUGAGCAGCACCCAAGAUGCUCACAAUGGGUAUCAAUCCCUUCUCUCUGAAAUCAAUGAUCCGAACACCAAAUAUAUCCUGAGAACUGCGAACCGCCUCUAUGGAGAAAAGACCUUGGAGUUUCUCCCAUCUUUUAUAGAGUCGAGUCAGAAAUCCUACCAUGCUGGCCUGGAGCAGAUGGACUUCCUGCAUGCUUGGGAGGAUUCCAGGAGGCAAAUCAAUGGCUGGGUAGAGGAAAGGACUGAAGGUAAAAUUCAGAACCUGUUGGCAGAGGGGAUUCUGAAUUCCUUGACCAGACUUGUGUUGGUGAAUGCCAUCUAUUUCAAAGGCAACUGGGAAGAGCAAUUUGACAAACAGAAUACCAGUGAAAGGCCAUUCCGAAUUAAUAAGAAUGACACCAGACCUGUGCAGAUGAUGUUCAAGGAGGCACAUUUUAACAUGACCUACAUUGGGGACUUCCAGACCAAAAUCCUUGAGCUCCCAUAUGUGGGUAAUGAGCUGAGCAUGAUCAUCCUGCUCCCUGAUUCAAUCCAGGAUGGAUCCACAGGCUUGGAAAGACUGGAAAAAGAACUCACAUAUGAGAAGCUGAUGGUUUGGAUCAGUCCUAAAAUGAUGGAGUCUACAAACGUGCAGGUGUCUUUACCCAGAUUUAAACUGGAAGAAAAUUAUGAUCUGAAACCCCUUCUGAGGAGCAUGGGAAUGCUGGAUGCAUUUGAUUCAGGGAAGGCAGACUUCUCAGGAAUUUCAUCUGGCAAUGAGCUGGUGCUCUCUGAAGUGGUUCACAAGUCCUUUGUGGAAGUCAAUGAAGAAGGCACAGAAGCAGCUGCUGCCACUGGGCUGAUGUUUGUUGAGUGCUGUGCAAUGAUAGUUCCGGAAUUCACUGCAGAUCAUCCCUUCCUCUUCUUCAUCCGGCACAACAAAACUUACAGCAUUUUGUUCUGUGGCAGAUUUUGCUGUCCCUAAGGAGGAGAUGUCUUGGCAGCAUUAUAAAUAAACAUAUAAUAAAGGCACAAUAAAUUUACAUUUCCCUGGA